UAUUAGCAAAGAACAAAAACAGAACUUUUUUUUUUCUUUUUCCGAUAAGAAAUCGAAGUUUCCAGAUUCAGACCUCACCGGCGCUGCCUCCGCAUCUGGCGACGUCGUUCUCACUGACACCGGCGUUAAGUUUGAUCGGAAGUUAAUAUUCGACACCGAGUCAUGCCUAAAGUGAAAACAAACCGUGUCAAAUAUCCAGAGGGAUGGGAGUUGAUUGAACCUACUCUUAGUGAACUCCAAGCAAAAAUGAGGGAAGCUGAGAAUGAUCCUCAUGAUGGCAAAAGAAAAUGCGAGGCUUUGUGGCCUAUUUUCAAAAUUGCUCAUCAGAAGAGCCGGUAUAUUUUUGAUCUCUUUCACAGGAGGAAAGAGAUCUCCAAGGAAUUAUAUGAGUUUUGCAUGGAUCAAGGAUAUGCUGAUCGAAAUUUGAUUGCGAAAUGGAAAAAGCCUGGUUAUGAGCGUCUCUGCUGUUUGAGGUGCAUGCAACCGCGGGAUCACAACUUUCAAACAACCUGUGUCUGUCGAGUUCCACAGCAUCUAAGGGAGGAGAAGGUUAUAGAAUGUGUCCAUUGCGGCUGUAAAGGUUGUGCAAGCGGCGAUUGACCUGUUCCUUAGAAUCAGAAAAUGCAUUGUUUUAGAUGUUAUUGUACUUGUAGUAAACCUCUGUCUAUUCAAAGCACUGAUCAAACGAUAUCUAGCACAUCACGAUCAGUUAAAACGCUAGAGGCAAUGUUUGAUGAGAUAACAAUUAUGAUUGCGGUACCUGUUGUGAACUGCGUAACCAUAGCGUUAAAAUACUUUGGAUAUUCUUGUUUGCAAGUAAUCAUAUGUUACAGCUAUAUUAGGAUACAUAUUUGUGACA